UAGCGUGUUCGGCUUCGAUGUUUUGUGUAAAUAAAGUCUUAAAAUUAAUUUAAUUCGAUUGAUUUUGAUUUGUUUUUAUAUUAAAUUUAUUGAUACAAAUUUUAUAAAAUGUCGGAGUUUGCCGAAAGAAUGGUUCAGAAGAUGUUACCUGAACUGAAUAAAAUGAGAGAUCUCAAACUGUUCACAACUGUUGAAGUCAGUAAAAUCUUGAAAAAGCGAAGAGCCCACGAGUACAAGACAAAAAGAAAAAUUAAGCAGUUGAAAGAUCAUCUGCAAUAUAUUGAUUAUGAAAUAAUGGUAAUGGAGCUGAUUAAAAAGCGUCGAAAGAUGAUGAAUUGUCACACCAAUAAACGAGAUAUCGAAGUUCCUAUCAUUAAAAGAAUCCACAGACUGUUUCAAACAGCCUCGAUCAAGUUUUCCGGCUGUGUUGAAGUCUUCUUAAAACAUAUUGAGUUCUGCAUUAAGAUGAAUGAAAAAAUAACAAUCAGUGUUUUGUUCACUCAAGCCUUGAAACUACACGCACGUAAUGAAAAUUUAUGGAUCAUGGCAGCGAAACACGAGAUGGAGAGGAUCAAUUCAAUGGCGGGUGCUCGCAACCUCUUCCACAGGUCACUCAGGUUCAAUCCUCACUCCAAGAAACUUUAUUUAGAAUAUUUCAAGAUGGAGUUACUCAACGCUGAGAAAUUAAGGAAAAGGAGAGAAUUGUUACUGGGUGAUGGUGCUGAUAAUGAUGCUACCACUGCUGCUGCAGUCGCUGAUAACGAUGCUACAGCUUCUAAUAAUGAUGAUGAUGAUGCUGCCGCAGCUGCUUCUGAUGAUGAUAAAGAUGCUGGUGGUGGAAAGGAUGAAGAAGAUAGUAAUAGUAAUAUAAUGAAUGGAUCCGUUGCUUUUGUUGUUUUUCAGGAAGCUGUCAAGGAAUUUCCAGGGGACGUGUCACUCUACAUGGAGUUCAUUGAUGUUUGCCAUCUUUUUGACUUUGCUCGUUGGAUAGAAGAUGCUAUCUAUACCCAUCUAUCAGCUGAUACUGACCUAUCAACAAAUGAUGCGGCCCAAGUGGUGGUUGCAUGUCGAAAGCUAACCGAAAUAGCCCACAAGUUGGAUGGUAGUGGUGAGGUCAUCUUGUCCAGGGAAUCAAAGGCUGCUGCUGUUGAGUCAGCAAUUGAGGAUUCAUGGAAUUCUUUCAAUGACUCUCUCAAGGAAUUGAACACAAUCAAAAUGGGAGAUAUACUACGAUAAACUGUUGAGCAUGUCAAAGAUGACAUUCAUGUCACACGACUCAUUGGAUUCACUGAUGAAGCACAUGUUGUUGAUCUGUCUGGAGUGCGCUGACAGAAACAUGAUGAGUGAAUCACUGGCUGUCAAGUGGAUCGAGUUGCUGACAGAAUUGAACGAGAAUGAGUUUGCAUGUCAGAUCGUUCCACUGCUGGCCAACAAGUUUCCAUGCAACGCCACCAUCUGGCUCCUCCUCUUCUCACUCAUCACAUCCAUGCAGAGUUCAGAUGUUCAAACUGUUCUGGAUUUGUUGCUGGAAAGCAUGAGAUACAUCGUUAAUAAACCAGAGACUAUACAGAUAUGGAAGAUGGUGACGUCCUGGAUGGUUAUGCCGCCUGAAAAAAUGGAACAAAUGUUUGAGAUAAGUAUAGGAACGAACAACAGGAAUCUGACAACAUCCAUGAAAGAGGAGUACCUUAAUUGGGCCAUCCAGUCCAAACCAGUUAAAUACUUCAGGAAACUAUUCAAUAAG